CAAGGAUCCUCAUGGGCUAGACCUUCAGAGCUUGGUUACUUUCUCUUGAUCAAAUGGCAUCCUUGGGUAGCGAAGAUGCAUUUCAGGAGUCGGCAGCCCUUUCCCUGCAUGAUUUAGAAAGCCUGCACACCUUCCGCAGCCGUUCUGCGAGUGUCAGCAGCGCAGGGUCCAGCGGCCGCCUGCAGCUCCGGCAGCGCGUAGCCCAGUUGAUGGCUUGUGUAGAGGACAUCAGCUCCGAUGAUGAGGUUCAUGAAGAAGUGUGUCGCACUCUAGAUGAAGCUUUCCUUAUUUGGGGGAAAAAAAUGAAGGACAAGUGGCGAGAAUUCAGACUACAUUUAGUGACCUGGAAUGUGGGCACAGCUUCUCCACCACCUGAUGUCACCAGUUUACUUCAGCUCGAUUCACUGAGCCCUGCUAUGGAUAUGUAUGUUAUAGGGUUACAGGAAGUGAACUCAAGAAUCACAAAUUUUCUGUCUGACUUGGCAUUUGAUGAUCCAUGGAGCAUUUUCUUCAUGUCCGUGCUGUCUCCAUUGGGAUACAUCAAGCUCUCCUCCGUCCGCAUGCAGGGGUUACUGCUGCUGAUCUUUGUGAAACAUGCCCAUCUUCCUUUCAUACGGGAUGUUCAUACCCACUACACACGCACGGGCCUGUAUGGAUAUUGGGGGAACAAAGGAGGAGUCACCAUUCGGAUGUCCCUCUAUGGACAUACAAUUUGUUUCAUAAACUGCCAUUUGCCAGCACACAUGGAGAACACAGAGCAGCGACUGGAUGACUUUGAAAAAAUUCUGGAAAUGCAGUUUGAAGAAGAGAAUAUUCCAAAUACAUUGGAUCACGAUGUUCUCUUCUGGUUUGGAGAUCUCAACUUCCGAAUAGCAGAUUAUGGCAUUCAUUUUGUCCGAGAAUCGAUAAACAACAAGCGAUACAAUCUGCUGUGGGAGAAGGACCAGUUAAAUAUGGCAAAAAAGAAGGAAGCAUUUCUUCAGGAAUUCAUAGAGGGUCCUCUGCAGUUUAAACCCACCUACAAGUUUGACCUUCAUUCGGAUGUGUAUGAUACAAGAGAGCAGAAGUCCCUGUUUUGGUUUAAUGAGAAGAAAAGGAAGCCAGCAUGGACUGAUAGAAUUCUUUGGAGAGUGAAAAGUCUCUGCCAGCGUGCAUUAAAAGAAGAUGAUUUCUCUGAAGAAGAGCAGACCAUUUCUGUUACAUUAAAUAACUAUAUCAGUCACAUGAGCUAUGGCAUCAGCGAUCACAAACCUGUUACAGGAACUUUUGAGCUUGAGUUGAAGCCUCUUUUAUCAGAUCCUUUGGUCACACUGAGUCCUGAGGGUGAGUGGAGUGCAGAACACGAUGUUCUCAUCAGCUAUUCUGCAGUGCCUGGAUUCCCAAGCAGUGCUUGGGACUGGAUUGGACUCUUCAAGGUGACUUUCAGGCAUGCGAAUGACUACGUUACUUAUGCUUGGGUAGAAGAUGAUGAAAUUUCUUCUAAUGAAGACAGUAAACAAGUUUACAUGAGUGCUGCAGAAAUACCUGAUAUGGGAGGAGAAUUUUUGCUUUGUUAUUACAGCAAUAAUUUGCAGUCGAUAGUUGGCAUCAGCCAGCCUUUUCAGAUUCGGCCAAACAGAACAUUGAUAGGAAAGGGUCCGGCCCAGGAAGAGAAUGCUUGGCUGCAAAAACCUGACAAUCUAGAAUCUCACAAUGAGUUCUGAAGUCAGAAGGGACGUUUAAUGGUCCUGAUUCAGGAGUCAAAUGAUUCUUAAUGUCUUGAUGAUUAUAAGCUUUUACUCUUAGAAGAUGGAGUAAUACAGUGCAAGUGAGACAGGUAGGGCUGUUUGGAAACUGAAUAAGCUCAUAGAUGAAAAUUAGUUGUGGAUGCAGAUAUUUUUACUGUUACAGUGAAAGUAACUUUUGCAGUGAAUAGGAACUGUACAAAUAGCACCUAGUGAAUGCUCUGUGAUUUAAGAUGUUUUUAAUCCAAUGCUUAUCCUAAGCAAGCUGCAUUCUGUAAUAGGUUUUUAGGCCUAUUUUUAUUUUUGUAGAGGAUAUUUUAUUUACAAUAUAAUAUAUUUCCUAAGCUAUAACUGCUUAAUCACUGAUUUCCAAUUUUUGAGUUGAAGUUAUUUAAAAGUUAUUUAUUAGAUAUGGCUAGCUAGUUUAUUUUAAAUUUUUAUUUGACUUUUAAAUGUAAAGUAAUUACAUUUUGGGAAACACAUGUGGUAACAAGUCAUACAGCAACUCAAUAUUUGGAGGACGUACGUUUUCCUUCUGUAGUAGAUCCAUCUUCUUUAUGCCUUACUGAUACUGGGAUUUUUCAUUUUAAAUUUUUCCAGAUUGAGAUAUAUUUAUCAAAACACACCUUUUGUGUGGGUUUGCUUGUGAGGGGGCAGUUCUUUUACAAAAUAAUUCAACAAUUUGCCUGUUCCUUUCCUCCCUCUGAUUUAAAAAGGUAAUGUAAAAAUACUUCUGUAGUUGUCCCUGCCUCAGGGUUAGCAGGCUCCCAAAAUUUCUGAAAGAAAUUGCUUCAGUUGAGAAAUGCUUUAGCAAAGAUGAGCAUAUCAUAGUUCAUGAAGCAUUUGUUGGCAGAGCUGCUGAACAUCACACUAACCCUGACUCUUCUCUGCUGUCACAUUUAGAAAGCUAAAGUCAUAUUUUGGUUCUUCCCUGAUACUACUGUGACACACUUCUGCUGCACACGCUGCAGAGCUUACACGAAUGGGAAAUUUCAGUGGAGUAAGUUCUUCCUUAUGGCAUAAUCUGUGCUGACAAAAAAUUGUUAAACACCAAAUGAUAGCAGUCAGACUGCAAAAUUGAUUUUUAUUGGUGCUUAGAUGUGAAUGUAUCCUGUGCAGUUAAGGAUGGAAAUAGAAUGAAAAAGACCAAGUACUGUUAAGAACCUGAAAAGCAGUUUGUGUUUGUUGAUGAGGAAAUAGGGAUCUUUGGGAAGGAUAGAAGGCACACCAACAUUCCACAGAAUCUCAGAGCACUUGUUAGUUAGUCUCUCAUUUUCUGGGUACACAGCUUUGAGCUGCUGUGCAUGGUAAGUACAGGUAGCAGCUAAUCACUGUCUUGUUAGUUAUGGGUGGAAAAGGAAAUUCAGUUCAAAUGAAACAGUGAAGCAAAGGAUGCUGGUGUGUGUAUUUUGGAGUACUGCUUCAGAACUGAAUGGAUACUAUUUUAUGCUCUUUCUUAAAAAGUGUUAGUUCUUUUUGUUAGGACUUUUUGAGAGAGAAAAUGAAUACUUUGAUGUGAGAAUUCUUUUGCAGUUGCUUCUGUUAUUCACUGUCUGAAAUCUUCUGCUAUCCCAGAGUCUGAGUGCUUUGGAAGCUGUAAGAUGAGUAAACGAGCUAGAUUGCUGUAGUUUGGGGAUUAAGAGCACCUAGCCUCUGUAAAUUUUAGUUGCAUCUCUGUGUAAUGCUUGGUAUUGGAAACUAUUUCCAGUAAAUGAUCAGGGCAGGUUCAGAAGAUACAGUGUUGAUUGCAUGGAUUAAAACUGCCUUGAGGUUUACAGUUUGUACAUUCCUGUUACACUUCGGAACAAUGUUAGAAACCAUUUUCACAUUUGUAGCAGAUCUAAAAUAAUUUGUUUUGCACUAAAUUUUGCAAAUAUGUGACUUUUCAUGGCAAUUACAGCAUCAGACAAAUCCCUACUGAAGUGCAAGUAAGACGCAGGUUUGGGUUGAUACUCCGCUUCUGAUUUUUUUGCUUGUGUAACCGUAAUAUUGAGACUCUAUGCAAGGAGAACCCCGUGGAGAGCUCAAAGAACUGUGGUCUUUGAAUUCCAGACCACAGCUGGUGAUUUAUUGCGGACCAAGAUCCAGUUUCUUCUAAUCAGGGUGCAUCUGCCAUUCAUGAGCAGCACAGAGGCGGAGCCGUGCAGCCGCUUCACAUGGGCGAGAAACUCAAGCUCCUUAGUGUUGUAUGAGAGCUGGUAACUCUCAGCCACUGGAGAGAGAAGCUGCAUUUUGUAAACUAAUCCUUUGCACUGCAGGACUUGGCUGAAAAUGCCCUCAGCUGCUGUGAUUGAAUCUUCUUGUGUGUCGGUAGGAUGCUGCACAGAGCCGCUCACUUCUUUCUUAAGUAUUGUGCACACAGUAGCAGUUUUGUUUACUACUGUUACCUAUGGUAGCUUUUCUGAUUAUUCCGUGACCUGUAAUGAUGCAAUUUCUAGUAAAAUUUAUCUUUUUUUAAAGCACCUUUGAUUGGAUGUUAUGACCACUGGAAAUGUUUUUAUACUCAUGUGUUUUCUUUUCGUGUACGACUAAAAUAAAUCCUGGCAGUGAAAUGUUC